AUGUCGUUGAAAGUCUUCUGCGCAAUCGCCGCCGCUCUCGGCUGGGAGCUGCACCACUUUGAUAUCAAAGCUGCAUUUUUGAACGUAGAUACCAAAGAAUCGAGCUUCAUCGAGCUUCCGGAGAACCAGGUGGCUGGCGGUGCUGAUAGGAUCCAGCCUGUCGGUUUCGAAUACCACGAGCCUGACAUCGGCAUGAAAGGCUAG